AUGGCUAGCGACAAUGAUACCCGCAUCCUCGUCAUCAACCCCAACUCAUCAGGGGACAUGACACUGGGGAUGAAGACUGCCGUGGACAAGAUCGUUGCUAACAGGAAUAUCCACGUGACAUACUAUACGACCCCCAACUCCUCGCCAGCAAGCAUCAACAACGACGAGGAUAUCAAGGCCAGUGAUGUAGCUGUAUACAACGCCGUGUCAGCCGGUAACCCCAAACUAGGCGAGUAUGACGGUAUCUUAAUCGCAUGCUUCAGCGUGCACACCCUGGUUACGCGCCUGCACGAUAUCAGUACCUGUCAUUCCAUUACAGGUAUCUUCGAGGCUAGCAUCUCGACUGCCCAGCUUCUCCUACGCCCUCACAGCUCUGAGGCGUGGGGGAUCGUGACAACCGGAAAGUUCUGGGAGAAACACCUGGAAGAUGGUGUCAGAUCGUUCCUAGGACAGCAAGACGGCAGCACGAGUCGCAAUUUUGCCGGUGUCUUCUCCACGGGUCUCAACGCCGGUGACUUCCACGUCGUACCGGCAGCUGAGGUGGAGAAGCGGUUGCGCGAUGCGGCAACACGCCUAUUUAGGAGUGGAAAUAUCAAGUGUGUUGUCAUGGGAUGUGCGGGUAUGGCUGGUCUGGAGAAGAUCAUCCGGUCUACUGCGGUCGAGGUACUGGGUGCUGAGGCGGCCGAGGGCGUGUACGUUGUGGACGGGGUGGUAGCGGGUGUCCUACAGUUGGAGGAGAUGGUGCAGUGCAGGCGGGUGUUUAGAUGA